ACUCCCGGGAGCAUGAAGGACCGAACCCAGGAGCUCCGCACGGCCAAGGACAGCGAUGACGAUGAUGAUGUCACCGUCACUGUGGACCAAGACCGCUUCAUGGACGAGUUUUUUGAACAGGUGGAGGAGAUCCGAGGCUUCAUUGACAAGAUCUCGGAGAAUGUGGAAGAGGUGAAGCGGAAGCAUAGCACCAUCCUGGCCUCCCCCAACCCCGAUGAGAAGACGAAGGAGGAGCUGGAGGAACUCAUGUCUGACAUAAAGAAGACUGCGAACAAAGUUCGUUCCAAGUUGAAGAGCAUUGAGCAGAGCAUUGAACAAGAGGAGGGCCUGAACCGCUCCUCUGCCGACCUGAGGAUCCGGAAGACACAGCACUCCACGCUGUCCCGGAAGUUUGUGGAGGUCAUGUCUGAGUACAACGCAACGCAGUCUGACUACCGUGAGCGUUGCAAGGGCUCAGUGUGACCCCUGCUUGCAGCUGGCCGGACCACAACGAGUGAGGAGCUGGAGGACAUGCUGGAGAGCGGAAACCCAGCCAUCUUUGCCUCGGGGAUCAUCAUGGACUCCAGCAUCUCGAAGCAGGCACUGAGCGAGAUCGAGACGAGGCACAGUGAGAUCAUCAAACUGGAGAACAGCAUCCGUGAGCUGCACGACAUGUUCAUGGACAUGGCCAUGCUCGUUGAGAGCCAGGGGGAGAUGAUUGACAGGAUUGAGUACAAUGUGGAACAUGCGGUGGACUACGUGGAGAGAGCCGUGUCUGACACCAAGAAGGCCGUCAAGUACCAGAGCAAGGCCCGCCGGAAGAAAAUCCUCAUCGUCAUCUGCUGUGUGGUCCUGGGCAUCAUCAUCGCCUCCACCUUCGGCGGCAUCUUCGGGUAG